AGGAUCGUCAUGUCAUCUUACGAGUCCCUUCGAGCUGCAGGCACCAGCGUCAUCUGUCUAUCCCCUUGGGGUGACUCAUCUCCCCUGUUAUUGCCUUGCAUUCGAUUCCGAGAUCUCGCUGUACACACUGUGAUCGUGGCCACGGGUGGGAUGGCGGCUGUCGCCGCACCAGUGAUGGGUCCAGUUUCCGAUGCCGUUAUCUCGACUCUCGGUGAUUCAAUUUUGGUGGAGCUUGGCCUCCACGCUGGCUUCGAAAUUUCAACAAAAAUCGCAAACGAUUUGAUCAUUGAUAAGUCAAUUAAGCACGCUAUCCCCAUUCAUUCCAAGAGGCUUGAAACGACAGGAAUAAAGGUUCUUUUGAUCACCCUCAAGUACAAGCACACGGUGGAAGACGCUGCUCUGGGCUUUUACCGCAGUUCAGUGCACAAGGAUUCUUCGCUUUUUGCCACUGUCAAGGAUUACCUCUCUGUUGAGAAGGGGUGGUUUUCUCCGUACCUCUUCGCAAGCGGAAGACGCCCCAUCAUUCCGAGGACAAUAAAGCCCGAUGUCAUCUUUUGCCACGGCCCAUUUUUAUUAGGGGAUUAUAGAGUGGGUGAGACCCUCCUGGCCGAGUCCGCGUCCACCAUCACGUUUUGUGACUCACCCCCACCGCUACCCGAAGUCGCCCCAGAAAAAAAGCCUUUUUCUUUGUCCCUCCCAAAGCUCUCGAACGUAUUUGACCGCUCGCGCACACCCUCCCCCGAGCCGGCUGUCACCCUUCUGCCACCCCCGCCUGUGCCGAGACGUAUGGUAAUCCUCGUGGUCGGGCUCAAACCACACCGAAAAUUAUGGACCACCAGUGCCCGUCCAUGCGAGAGUGUCAUAAACUAUAUUCUGCUCAAUGGAUGUCCUGCGAUUGUAGUUCCUGUCAAAGUGGGAGCACCUGUCGUUGCGUGGGACGGGCUUACACUGGAACAGCUUUGGAAGGUCGAGCUUCCGGACGAAGACGUCGAGAGGAGUACGAGUGGCAAGUUCGAGGGGAUCGUGGAUGUAUUGUUUGAGUAUCUGGACUUUUGUGUUGAUUGGGAGAGGGUCACACUAUCUGAGGGGCUCGGGAACGACGAGAACCCGGAUACAAAGGGUAUGCUAAAGGACGCGCUGGCAUUGUUGGUUGCUGCUGGGAUCAGGAGUGGUACUUCCAAGGAAGUUCAAAAGGAGAUGGAUAAGGAGAGGGGUGGAAUCGCUAUGUGGCGAAUUCCCUAGUAAUUAGUUCCCAGAAUUCAAUUAUUGCAAGGGCAGACGGUCACGUGCCUGUAA